CUUCAGAGCCAGAGCUUUCUGUAAAAUGGCCGCUAAGCUAGUUCCCCCAUCAAUGGCUGAUUCCCAUCUCAACCCUCUUAUUUUCAGAACCAUGAACAUCCCAAAGCUCCAAGGAUAUGUCGUAUCAAGCCCUCGUUCAAAACCAUACACUUCAUCAAGAUUUGCAGAGACCUCUUUUGGAUUCAGACCCAUCACUAUCACAAAAGCUGCAGAACGAAGCUCUGCUUUGCUAGGUGAUGAAGCACUUUCCCACUGCAAAACUGCACUUUAUGAAGCUGUGCAAGGAAUUAACAGGGGAAUUUUUGGAAUCACUUCUGCCAAGAAAUCUGAGAUUGAUAAUAUAGUGAAGCAGCUAGAAUCUUCGAGUCCAACUCCAGAUCCAACUCACAAUUUGGACAAGAUGGCUGGGUGCUGGAGACUUGUUUACAGCACAAUCACAAUUCUGGGUUCCAAGAGAACGAAGUUAGGCCUCAGAGACUUCAUCUCAUUGGAUGAUUUCUUCCAGGUUAUUGAUGUAGCUGAGAGCAAAGCAGUGAAUGUGAUCAAGUUCAGCUCAAAGGGGUUGAGUUUGUUGAAUGGACAACUUAGUAUUGAGGCCUCUUUCAAGAUUGCCUCCUCAACAAGAGUUCUCAUUAAUUACGAAAACUCUACUAUCACUCCUGACCAGUUAAUGAAUGUGUUUCGGAAGAACUAUGAUGUUUUGUUGAGCAUCUUCAAUCCAGAGGGAUGGCUGGACACCACAUCCAAUAGAUAUGUGGAUGACACAAUGAGGAUAGGAAGGGAUGACAAAGGCAAUAUCUUUGUACUGGAGAGAUUUCAAGAUCACAACUCUUAGACUCUCAAACUCACUUGAACUCAAAUAUUUUUCCUUUCCUUCUCCAACUUCUAAUUUUAAUUACUGAUCGAUGUACUCAGGUGGCAUUAAGCUAAAUUCUCUCUUACUAUGCACAGAUUGUACAAUUGAAGACAGAAAAACUUAAAAGCUCCAGGAUAAAUAAUUUGAUUGGUGACAAAAUUGUGAUGUCUAUCCUUUCUAUAUAUAUAUAUAUAUAUAUAUAUAUAUAAAUUGCAUAAAUUGUAUUUGUGCUCAA